AUGGCCUUCGCACACUACGUCAAGCUCGAACCGGACAGCCACAACCAUCACCACAACCAGCAGCAGCACCAGCAGCACCAGCACCACUACUACUUCGGAGGAAGAGAGACCUCGUCGUCGUCACCCUGGCCGUCUUCACCGCCGCUGCCGGACUUCGCGACCCACGCCGGCGCCGCCGGAGCGAGCCGACCGGCCAGCGCGACGGGCUUCCUCUCCUCGAGCAUGAACUUCCUCGCCGGCGUCGUUGCGGACCCGACCUCCGGAGCCGCACCGGCGGAGCUUUUCAAACUCCGCGCGCGUGAUGCCGAUACCGUCCAGUCACUGGUCUCGGUCCUCGCCGCAAGCACCACCACGAGCGCCGGCUCGCCGCCCGAUCUUGCCGGAGCAGCGGGCGCGCCGGGCUCCCCGCCGCCUGCGACUCCGCCGCCGCCGAGCCUGUCGAGCAGCCUGAGCCUGACGUCAUCGUCGGCCUCGUGUCCGGUCCGGCCUCGAGCCCCGCGGCGGUCGGUCAAAGGCGGCGGUGGCGCCACUUCGCCCGGAGUUGCGCGCCAGCACCACCACCCGACCUCGCCGUAUGCCUGGGACCACCAGCACCAGCACCACCAUCAACCGGUUGUCCACCACCAGCACCCGCACCAGCACCAGCACCGCGAGCUGUACGGCCAACAGCCGCCAGCACAUGCCGGGCACUACCACCCGUACCUCCACGCGCCCGGCGUCGUGCCGGUGGCGCCGUGCCACCACCACCACCCGCAGCAGUUCCCGACACCAUCGGCGUACUCGCACGUGAGUGGCCACCACAAUUUGUCGACAAAUCACCAGCAUUCCGGAAAUUCCGAGCAUUGGCACGGGCACUACGCGGCGCACCAGCACGACCAGUGCGCCGCCACCGGCCGGCCGAUGUUCUGGUCGUCGUCGACGGGCGUCGUGACGCGGGCGACGACGCCCAUCAGCCGCACGAUGUCGGGCGAGGACAGCGAGAUCACCAGCGGCGCCACGACCACGUCGGUCGCGGCCACCAGCGCCGCCGUAGCCGCGGCUGCCACCGCGCUCAUCCGGGCCCACGCCACCCAGCAGCUGCGUAAGCGACGACGCUCGCAGUCGGCCCCGCCGCCGCGCGACCAGGCCAUCAUCGUGGCCCGCAACGGGCGACAGGUCCGGCGACAGUGCGACGACGUUGACGACAACAGCAACUACGAGAGCCGAGCGCCGGCGAUGGCGCUGACAACAACGUCAAGCGCCGGGACGUCGUCGCCGUACUCGUCGCCGAUGGCGGUGUCGUCGCCGCAGAGCUGCGUGGAGCACUGGUACGGGCAGUCGGCCACGACCUCGUCGCCACCGACAUCGCCCACGGGCGCCGCCUCACGAACGAGCACCACCAAGCGCUCGGACAUCUACGGCCUUCUCAACUGA